CAACAAACAAGCACAUUGCCAUCUCUCAGUUUCAAGAACGUCGUAACGUACAGAUAGCCUUGCAAGCGAAUAGCUUCGCACCUCACGAUAGAUCGUGCGUUUAGGAGGCCAACCAUAAAACCAUCAAAGUGAUCAUCGUGUUGGUUGCAAAGGACCGUGCCGAGGCACCUCUACCUCGGCUGUGUUAUUGCAGACAACAAGACCAACAUCAGACUGCUUCUCUCAAUCGCUUCUCCGUACUAUGUGACAAUCAACGAGAAGCGAGCAAAGUCUAGCAUAAUAAUCCAACAAGCGGGCAUGUGUACGAACAGGCGAUAGGCCGUCUAGUGAAUCACAGUCCACGGUGCAACAGGCGGAAAUGAAGUUCGCGGACGCAACGCGGAUCACUCAGAUCGACUCCUCCACAUAUACUACAGACUUCCACCCGGAGUGGGUGAUAGGAAAUGUCCCCCACGGUGGCUACGUGACCUCAUGCAUUCAGCAAGUUGUUCGAAAGCACUACGCAACCACACUGAAGGGACAGAAUCAACCACAUACGCUCGCGCUUCACCUCGACUUUCUCCGCCGCACUCAGACCGGUCCAGCAACCUUCAGAGUAAAGAAUGUUAAACUUGGCCGACAGACAUCCGUUGUGCACGUCACGCUAAGCCAGGAUGGCCGUGAGGAAGUGGUUGGGUACAUCACCAAUACCAACCUCAACACCGAAGCCGGCGUAUCGUUUCCGACCGGGUGGGACAUCCAUCCUAAGCCUCCAGCAGCAGUCGUGUCCAACUUGGAAUCAGACACGGACCCGCUAUGGGGCGAGCGGAAAGAGUGGCCAUUUGUAGAGUUCCGCAAAGCUACGAAUCACAUAAGAUCGUGGUUUCCGCGCGAUGGCCAACCUCUACCCACCAUUGUCGACAUGUGGAUGUGUCUUCGCGAACCAGGCGACCGCUGGACGAAUGAGAGCCUAGGCUUUGUGGCCGACACCUUCCCUCAGAUCAUCGAAAGCUUUGCUCACGGCGUGGAUUCGUACAGUGUAGCAUUCGAAAAGGAACACGGUCGGGAGGGUGCGCGGGAAAGGAUGGGCAACAAGGCUGGGUUUUGGUAUCCGACGGUCCUGCUGAAUCUGGACGUGAAGAAGGCAUUACCCGAUGAAGGCGUGCGCUUCUUGUAUAUGCGACUGCAAGCUAAGGUCAUCAAAAAUGGCCGGUACGAUCUCGAGGUUAUCCUUCGAGACGAGACAGGCGAUGUAGUGGCACUGAGCCAUCACAUUGUAUUCGUGGUUGGUGUGGAGCGGAAUAGGGCGACGAGAGCGAAGCUGGAGGAGGCUGCUUCGAAGUUGUAGGGGAGAUUUUUGAUCAUAGGUUUUAUGUACCACAAAAACUAUGGUGCUCAAUCAGGAAUCAUGAGUACCUCAAACGUUGUGAAGGAUCGCUUUUGCAAGGGUGGCGUUUCCGCCAAAACAACCAGGAGCCAGAUGGUGGUGGACUGCUUCCUGCGAGGACUGACUUGCUUUGUAUGUAAGAGGUCUCGAGAUACAUCUUCUUAGCUUGACGAACCCGCGCUC